UUGAACCCACGUGAUUCCACGAUAUCGGCGAUCUUGGUUAUGUCUCCCAAGAUCUCGAUGAGCGUAACAUUUGACCGUAAUCAUUUAUGCAAAGUUCCCACGUGUUUAAAGUGCAUAAAGAAAAAAGAAAUAAUUACAUGCUCGAGAUUCAAUCGAUCUGUUUUCGAAUCUGUUAUUAUUUCGAAGUACUUUGCGGCGAUUCGAGUGACGCUCAGCUGUUUCGUUCCAUUUAAACCGCGUUGCAGGUUGCGCAGAUCGAUGUGCCUAGUAUGUUUUUCACGAAGAUCUGAGAUAUUGCUUCAAGAUGUUAGCCGUCAUUCGGAAUUCACGCCGUCUGUCAACGGCAAAUCGAAUUUUGGAGCGAUCCACUGGACUUUGGCCUAACCUGUCACCGUUCGUACGUUGCAAAUCAGAAAAUGUAGUCGUCACCAUCGCCGACGUAUCGAAAGAAGUGAAACCAGCAAGCAAUCCGGAAUACGUUCCAAGAAAAUACUUGUUGAACACGUACUCUCAGGAAGCACUGAGACAUCUAAAAUGGAUGCUUCAGAAAGAUGUUUUACGCCAAGACAUGUUCCUGAUGGGUGGACCUGGUAUGCGGAGACGGGAGCUUGCGCUCGCCUUUCUGGAAUUGACGGGACGGGAAUUGGAAUUCAUUGCGCUUAACCGUGACACUACAGAGGCAGACUUAAAGCAAAGGAGAGAAAUCAAGAGUGGCACUGCUUAUUAUCAUGAUCAGAGCGCAGUGAGAGCUGCAACCAAUGGGCGAGUUCUCAUAAUUGAAGGUGUGGAAAAGGCAGAGCGGAACGUAUUACCAGUGUUAAAUAAUUUAUUAGAAAAUCGUGAAAUGCAUUUGGAGGAUGGUAGAUUCCUUAUUCCAGCGUCUCGCUAUGACAAAUUACUGAAGGUACACACACGAGAGGAGUUGGACGCGUGGCGUCUUGUGCGAGUCAGCGAAGAUUUUAUAGUGGUAGCACUGGGCCUACCAUCACCACGAUAUCCUGGUCAUCCGCUAGAUCCUCCACUCAGAUCUAGGUUUCAAGCCCGUCACAUACCACCACCAACGUUCGAGGAACAAUUCGAGGUCUUGAGAAACUUAGCGCCGAACGUUGACGCUGGGAAAUUGUCGCAAUUGUUGUCGUGUGCUCAUGCAUUAGUUACUCAAGAAGCUGUCACCAUAGGUCUGCCAGAUUUUCCUUUGGACAAUUUAUCAUCGGCCGCUUUAAUUAUGGACAAAAGCCCCGAUCUGUCGGUGUACGACAUUUUCUAUAGGUUUUAUCCGUACAAACUAUUCCUGGGUAAAGAGGGUCAGAAUGCCGUCGAGGAUAUCCUUGGGACAUUUAGCGUAUUGAACGAUUCCAAAAUGGAACGUACCAUUACUAGUAAAGUAGCCGUUACAAAAAUAGCUAAUGAUUUUUUGGAGAUUAAUAUAGAACGCGAUACCGCAGAAACAAGUUUCCAUGUUCCCUGCGGCACGAGCCAAUUAUCUGAUAGCGCAAAUAAUCAUUAUAUAGAGACCAAUCAUCAGAAUAAUUUGUUGGCGAGUAUGCUGGAAUCUCAUUUAGUGUCCGAUUUCUGCUUGAUCGGACCGAAAGGCUGCGGCAAAUCCACCACCGUUCGACGGCUCGCCGAUUUAUUAGGGUAUCAAGUGGAGCCAAUAGUGCUUUAUCAGGAUAUGACUUCCAGGGAUCUGAUACAGCAACGGACCACGUCGCUUAACGGCGACACGAUCUGGCGAGACUCGCCGCUGGUCGAUGCGGCUCUGCACGGCAAACUGGCCGUGCUGGAUGGCAUCAACAGGAUUCAUUCCAGCACUUUAGCUAUAUUGCAUAGAUUAGUCCACGAUCGGGAGCUGCAGCUGCAUGACGGUAAACGACUCAUACGAGCCGAUCGUUACGACGAGAUAAAAAAAGAGUACAACAGAUCCGACGAGGAGAUGCGCGACCGGGGUGUCCUGCGAAUCCAUCCUGCUUUCAGAUUGAUAGCUUUAGCCGAGCCGCCGAUCGUCAACAGCUCGUCCGGCCAGUGGCUGAAUUCCGAGCUGCUCAGCCUGUUUCUCUUUCACGAGAUGAGACCGCUCGAUAAACGCGAGGAGAUUCAUAUUAUUCGGUCGAAGUUCGGGGAACCCAGCCGAGCGUUAUUGAGUAUCAUAGAAUUAGCACACGUCCUACGUUCAUCCAACGAUCCGACCCUGCUGUCUCUCGCCGGGUCGCUCAGUACUCGGCAACUCCUGCGAAUCGCCGAGCGAAUGCACAGAUUUCGCUGCGACGAUGCUCACGACGCGGUGCAACGCGCGUGUUUGGCGCGUUUCCUACCGACGCUCGCGAAGCAGGCCCUCGAGGACUGCUGCCAUCGUCUGAGCAUUGUCCCACCGAAAUCCGCGGCAGACUCGGCGAUUGAGUGCUCGGUUACGGGAGACACGGUGAGGAUCGGUGACACCGUCGUAGAUCGAUAUCGCACCGCGGCGCUCAGCAAAGUACCGGAUAUCCUGUUCUACGACGUGCCGGAGCACGUCGCGCUCCUGGAACGUCUGCUGCAGGACUUCAGUCUCGGGCAGAAUCUUCUGCUGGUCGGCAAUCAGGGCGUCGGCAAGAACAAAGUCGUGGAUCGACUGCUGCAGCUGCUGAACAGGCCGCGCGAGUACAUUCAGCUGCACCGCGACACGACCGUGCAGACUCUGACCUUGCAACCGAUGGUCAGGGACGGCAAAGUCGUUUACGAGGACUCACCGCUCGUGCAGGCUGUUAAACUGGGCCACGUCCUCGUCGUCGACGAGGCGGACAAAGCGCCCACGCAUGUGACAUGUAUAUUGAAAACCCUCGUGGAAUCGGGCGAAAUGAUUCUGUCGGAUGGUAGGCGAAUCGUUCCCGGCGCCAGCGGCAACGCCCGCAACGCGAACAGCAUACCUAUGCACCUGGACUUCAGGAUGAUCGUGUUAGCGAACAGACCGGGCUUUCCAUUUUUGGGCAAUGACUUCUUCGGUGCUUUGGGUGACCUGUUUAGCACGCACUCCAUCGACAAUCCAAGUAUACGAAGCGAGAUUCAGCUUCUGAAGCAAUACGGUCCGCAUAUAGAUGAGCGGACGAUACAUAAAUUAGUGAAAGCCUUCGGCGAGCUGAGAAGCAUGGCCGAUCAAGGUCUAGUUUCGUAUCCUUACUCAACUCGAGAAGUGGUUAAUAUAGUUAAACAUUUAGAGAAAUUUCCAAAUGAACCGUUGGGCACCGUAGUGCGCAAUGUCUUCGACUUUGAUCGAUAUAGCCAAGAAAUAUUCGACACUUUGGUAACUGUGCUUCAUAAGCACGGAAUUCCCGUUGGAGCGAGUCCAAGUAACGUUGCUUUAGCUAAGGAAAUACCUUUGCCCGAGAUGAAGAUCUGCGGUAGUUGGAAUGUACUAAGCGCGUUCCAAAAUAUACCCGUUCAGGAAAGGUAUGUUAAGUUGAAACCGCCAACGUUUCCGGUACAAAAUGAUCGCACUCUAGAUCGAGUUGAGGCCAGAUCCGCCUGGUUCACGGAACUGCAGACUUACUGGACAAUACCCAUUAGCGAAAACAGUACGGUGACCGCUUUAGCGGUCGCGAAAGGAAAUAAAGGGGACGGUACGGACGACAGAAUACAUGUUCUCACGUCGAAUCCUUUGAGUAUAUUUAGCAUGACGCCGGAAUCCGAGCAGAUUCGCGAGACGUCGUUACAAGGCUUGAUUAGUCCAGUUAGGGGCAAUAUGCCGCUUUAUAACAUUGCGGUUGACAAUCUUGGAGACGUUAUCAUUCACGAAGAGACUAGCAAUUCCGUGCUUGUGGUGAACGUAAACGAGGGUUCCGCUCGAGAAUUGCAAAUCUCGUCCUUUUUGGAUGUCGCCAGCGAGAAAAUAUCAAACGCCUUUAGAAGUAGAAAUCCUCAAUGGAAAAUGAAUACGGAUUUACUCUUGUCGCACAAUCUGAUUGUUUUAUACGCCCAGGAUCAUGACAAAAUCGAAGUUAUUAAUUUGCAAAACAUGUGUGCUUACUCGAUGACUUUACCAAAUUACAUUGAAUCAGUUUUACUCGCGUCCGACAAGAAAUGGCUAAUUCAGGACGUGUCAAAGGACAAAUACAUUCUUACAAAAUCCUCGGAUUCCAAUCCGUGCCCCAACGUGUUACGCGAGUUGGACGAGUCUAAUAGCGCCGAUUUAAAGACCGGCAGUGUCUUGAAUUGCGGCAAGAGUAGUCUGCACAAAACAGAGCUGAGCAAAGCUCUUCAGCAGAAAAUAGACUGUCCGAACAGAUUAUUAGCGACUGAUAAUACUUACGCCGGCAUAGCGACGGGUUUCCCCGAUUUAGAAAGCUCUAAUGAGCUGCACUUUUGGCCGAGGAAAGGAAGAAUGCGCAGUUUUAUAAAGCCUAUCAUUACGCAGGAUGGGCAAGUGGUUAGGACGAUCUCGUCCAAUCAAGUACCAGACGAGGUUUUCCCGAAGGACAAAAAACCCACGGGAAUAUGUGGUUAUUUAGAGAUAGUUGAUACGGUAAACCACAAGCUGCGAUAUAUACCUAUUCCGGAACCGGUUAAUGUCUCACCAUUGACACAAUGGCUGUAUGCGAAAGACCUUCCGCUUUAUGCGUCACUUACGUCGAAUGAAGGUCUCGUCACAAUAGAUGCCGGUGGUUGUGUCCGUUUAUGGGAAACAUCAAUCACGAAUAUAGAAAAGUCGUUAGGCGCGUGGCGUAAAAUGAUAGGCGCCGACGAGGAGAAAUUGCAGAUCACCAAAGAAAGAUAUUCAGGGCAGGAUGUCAGCGGGCCGAAACACGGAAAGAUCGAUAAAAAUAAUGAACCACACGUAGGUGGCAAUACUUGGGCCGGGGGAACCGGAGGGAGAGAUACGGCGGGUUUGGGCGGAAAGGGAGGACCGUAUCGGCUGGACGCUGGACAUACGGUGCAUCAGCUCAGUGACGAGGAGAAGAAUGCAGUGCCGGAACAUAUAAAGAAAGCCGCUCGCGAGAUGGGCCUCCGCGCAUUCAAGCAACGACUCAGGGACAUAAAAAUGAGCGAGUACGACCACAAGCUGUACAGUCAGUUCAGCGACGCGGUUCACAAUCAGGUGCAGGCCUUGAGGGUCAUAUUAGGUACGCUGCAGGCCAAGAGCAACGAGCGACAAUGGUGCAAGCAUCAGACGUCGGGUGAGCUGGAUGAUACGAAGUUAAUCGAGGGAUUAACGGGCGAGAAAACGAUUUAUCGACGCAGGGCGGAGAAGGAGCCGGAGAUUGGCGCUCCGCAAUUGAAACCAAAGCGAUUGAAACUUGUCGCGGAUGUAUCUGGUAGCAUGUACAGAUUCAACGGCUACGAUGGCCGGUUGGAUCGCGAGUUGGAAGCUUGCGUCAUGGUAAUGGAGGCUUUCAGCGGCUACGAGGGUAAAUUUCAAUAUGACAUUGUCGGCCAUUCCGGCGACGAUUACCGUAUUGUCUUCGUUGAUCGCACGCAACCGCCGACGGACAAUAAACGAAGGCUGGAGGUGAUUAAGACGAUGCACGCUCACUCGCAAUUUUGCAUGUCCGGCGAUAAUACAUUGGAGGCGACGCAGCACGCAAUUGCGAGUCUGGCGAAAGAGGAUUCCGAUGAAUCCAUCGUGGUUAUAUUGUCGGAUGCGAAUCUAGAACGCUAUGGAAUUUCUUCUGAACGAUUCGCGAGAUUAUUAAUGUCUAAUGCGGACGUGAAUUCCUAUGCUAUUUUUAUUGGAUCGUUGGGUGAUCAAGCGACUAGAUUGAUGAAGAAAAUGCCUUCUGGUCGCGCAUUUGUAUGUAUGGAUCUUAAGAAUAUACCACGAAUUUUACAGCAGAUAUUCGCCGCUUCGGUUUUAAGUACAACGCGAUCGACUUAACGCGAAUAAUAAUUAGUCCUAAUAAUUUUACAAAAAUAGACAAAAAUAGCAUCUUUUCGCUUAUAACUAUUAACAAAAGGGAUUAUAUAUCUUUUUAGAAUACAUAUUUCAUAUCAUAAUCAUGUUUAUAUAACGAUUGUAAAUUUUUGUAAAUAAAGAACUUUCAAUUUUGCACAUAAAAA